UACCAAAGGCUGCGUGUGAUUGGACCUGCAGUGAGAGGCGGGCCUGUCCAAAGUUGAACAUCUGGAAGAGUUUACUGCUGCUGGUGCUGGUGAAUGUGCUGCUGCUGCUGCUGCUUCAUAACCGAGAAACUGAGCAGAAAGAUGUCCUUCAUAAAAGUAGAGCCUUCUUCUGAUUUCUCCUUCCACAACCUGCCCUAUGGAAUCUUCUCUACAGCCGACAAUACGAAACAUCGAAUCGGUGUUGCCAUUGGAGACCAGAUUCUGGACCUAAGCGUGAUCAAGUCCCUCUUUCAGGGACCCAUACUGUCCAGACAUCAACAUGUCUUUGACCAGCCCACACUGAACCCCUUCAUGGCUCUGGGAUAUGAGGCGUGGAGGGAGGCCAGGAGGACGCUGCAGGUGUUACUGUCAGCUAAUGAGGGCACACUGAGAGACGAUGUCAGCCUGAGGACCAGAGCCUUUGUCCACCAGAGUGCAGCGUCCAUGCACCUUCCUGCAGACAUUGGAGAUUACACAGACUUCUACUCGUCCAGAGAUCAUGCCACUAACGUUGGCAUCAUGUUCCGGGGGAAGGAGAACGCUCUGAUGCCAAACUGGCUGCGUCUUCCAGUUGGAUAUCACGGCAGAGCGUCCUCUGUGGUGGUCUCUGGGACUCCUCUUCACCGUCCCUCAGGACAGAUGAGACCUGACCAGACCAAACCCCCCAUCUUUGGGCCUUGUAAGCAGUUGGACAUCGAGCUGGAGAUGGCCUUCUUUGUUGGAGGAGGGAAUCGCCUCGGGGAACCCAUUCCCAUCCACAAGGCCCAUGAACACAUCUUUGGCAUGGUACUGAUGAACGACUGGAGUGCCAGGGACAUCCAGUCCUGGGAAUACGUUCCUCUGGGUCCCUUCCUCGGAAAGAACUUUGGAACCACCAUCUCCCCCUGGGUGGUCCCUAUGGAGGCUCUGUUACCCUUUGCUGAGUCUAACCCCGUCCAGGACCCAGAACCUCUGUCCUACCUGCAGGACCCCGACCCUUAUACUUUCAACAUCAACCUUUUCGUGUCCAUCAAAGGUCAGAACAUGGUCGAGUCAGCAAAUAUCUGCAAGUCCAACUUUAAGUACAUGUACUGGACCAUGAAGCAGCAGCUCGCCCAUCACACGGUCAGUGGCUGCAACCUAAGACCAGGAGACCUGCUGGCGUCAGGCACCAUCAGUGGACCAGAGCCGGAGAGCUUCGGCUCCAUGCUGGAGCUGUCAUGGAGAGGAACUAAGAACAUUGAUCUUGGAGGUGGAGAGAGCAGAACAUUCCUGAAGGACGGAGAUGAAGUCACUAUGACAGGUUACUGUCAGGGAGAUGGAUACAGAGUGGGAUUUGGACGCUGCACAGGUUCCGUCCUCCCGGCUCUGCAGCACUGACACAGGAACUCAUGUGAGGACAUCGUGUAACACAACCACAGGUCAACAUCAGCAAACGCAGCUCACAUACAGUACAGCACAUGGCCAACAGGUGGGGCAAAAUGGGAAUCUGUUGUAAUUUCUUCUGACUGCCACUGGGACUGGAGAUGGAAAUAGUUCUGUGAGUAAAUGGUACCAUGAUGUAGGACACUUACGCUGUCAGUACUUUAUGGAACAACAGUUAAAACUGUGAAUAAUCACGUUGUCGUCAUGGGUCACGAUGAAACAUGAUUAAUCAGUAUCGUAAACAAACUAAAACAAAUCUCCAUAUUUCUGAAACUGAAAGAGAAAUAUCAGCAGGUAGAGGUCAGUGGUUCUCAUCUGUGUCCAAUCCAGAUGAUGGGAUUAUUAAUCUGGACAAAUGUCCAUAAGAAUGUCCAACAGUCAUGACUGUUCAUCUGGACGGUGUCUUGUACAACGUGUGGAACGUGGUUCUUUCUAAACUUCAGUCAAGUCGUUGUCCUCAACACAGUCCUGGACAAUCCAUCUGAGAUGUCGAGAAACAUUCAUCCAGCAGGGGGAGCCCCCGACCACAGUGUUACUGCUAUACCAGAAUCAGUGUUACUGAAAUUCUAUGUCUAAUAAAUGUAUUCAUUUUUGA